AUGGUGAACACAAUCAAGCUGUACCAGCCCUUGUUGCGAGCGACAAUGAAGCUCGCCGGCGUGAGACCUCAAAAGAUUGAGAUCGAACCCGGAAUUAUCAUGAACUUCUGGGCUCCAACCCAAAGUCAAAACAACAACAAGAACGCUGUCGUCUUCCUUCAUGGCUUCGUCGGUGACGGCAUGAUGACAUGGCAGUUGCAGGUCCUCGCGCUCGCGAGGAAGUACGCCGUGUAUGUGCCAGACCUUCUCUUCUUUGGCAGCUCUGCCACAAGUGACAGCCGCCGGACGGUGGACUUCCAGGCGGAGUGCGUGGCGAAGGGGCUGCUGGCACUUGGGUUGCAGCGGUGCACGGUGGUGGGGUUCAGCUAUGGUGGGAUGGUGGCGUUCAAGAUGGCCGAGUCGCAGCCCGAGCUGGUGGAGUCGGUGGUGGCAACGUGCUCCAUACCGGCAAUGACCGAGUCGAUAAGCAAGGAGUGCUUGGAAAAAUUGGGGUUUCCGACAUGGUCAGAGCUUUUGUUGCCAAAUUCCGUAAGUGGGGUGAAGAAGGUCGUUGGGAGCCACAGGUUGCCUAGAAUCCCUAAUCCUCUUUUCAAGGACAGUUUAGAGGUAUGA